AUGGGACAGAACCAAUCUGCGGUCGUUGUUGAUAUUAGUCAGAAGGAGGAACGUGACAAGUACGUAACUUACUAUCAGGAUAAAUAUCGUAACUCACUGAAUCUCCGUAGGAAUGACAACGGUUACACUAAAUAUGAUAAUAAUUUUCCUGGAUUCAAAAUAUACUCGCACGAACUACCGUAUCAGACGUUAGGCAGCUGCUACCUCGAGGCAGUAGAGCAUGCAGGGAUUAAGCAGAAUGCCAAGGAUCAGACUACCUUGGAGAUCAGGUAUGUUGAGGUCUACUACUGGGAAGCCGACUAUGACAACCUCUGUCCCCUACUCCUUGAACUGGGUGACCUUUUCCAGAAUCACAAUCUAUACAAACCCUCUGGGAUACGCAGUAAUGACUGGAAUAAGCUCGAACCACGGUCUCAUGAUACCGUAAAAGAGCUCUUCGAAAACGCUGUGGUCAUCAACCUACAAAGAAGUCACAAAAAGAACUACACUCCACAUCCUUCCAAAAAUGAUUUCAAGACUGACAAGGAGCCUUCAGGGACUGAGUUUCCCUCAAUGAUUGUGAUUGAAGAGAAAGAUGUACCUUGUCAAGGCUACAUUACCAUCACUCAGAAGCUGGAUAAUGAACAACCCAUGAACAUUCUCUCAACUUGGGGCACUGACAAGAAGAAGCAAGUACGUUUCAAAGAGUCCAUUGUACAGAAUAAGUACAAGAAUGUCUAUGUCUACUAUAGUAAUGGAGACACUGACCUAAGGAACCCUCUCAUACUGGAACUGGUGAAAGAUGGACAAGGCUCCUCAGAAUUUUACAUUAGAAACAAGGACGAUAGAUGGGAGAAGGAUGAAAAGAUAAAUUUGAAUAAUCUAACUGAGAAACUAGAUGAACUUAACUGCAAGUACAAUGACCUUUACGCAGUGGAUAUAUCCAAUUGGAAUGAAAACGCCUCAAAGACUACUAUUGUCAGUAAUUACAAAUGUAAAAGCGACUGUAAGAGGCAUGAGAUAGAUGUAUCAGAAUAUCCCACUAAAAAUAUUUAUGGGUAUAAGAACCUACAACACACUCCCAAACAAAAUUUCAGUGGCAAACUCAGUAGAAUUAAGAAUGGAAAGUCUUCUCUGACACUGGAAGGACAGGAUUUUCCAAUACCAUUAGUCUCCCAAGUACUCGUCUACUAUCCAAGGUGUAAUCCAAAAGAGCCCAUUCUACUACGCAUCUACCAUGAGGAUGCGAAAAGUCAGUGGUUUAAGAGAGUCUCCAUAGGUGGCAACAAUUGGACAAGAGUCAAUGAAGAAGACCUAAAGAAAGUAGGCCACAGCGAGAAAAGUGCCGUUAAGAAGGUACUAAGAAGUCUAUUGGGGACGCUAGAUAUAAAAGGAUGUGCAAACAGGAAACCCAGAGCCAUAGACAUCAAAGAGUGUCUUAAGGAAGGCAACUCCUGCAAUAAUACUCUCAAAGAGUCUCCUAAAGAAUCUAGCAGAAGAGGAAUUGUAGGGGAAUAUGGAGACUUUGUAUACUGUAUCCAUACUGGAAUAGGACCAGAAGAGAGUCUGGUCACCUGCGGUGAUACGCCUCUUGAAAUAAAGGAUGUUAAUGCAAAGGAUCCUACUAUACUCAAUGAUAAACAUCCGAAUCUGGAUGCCAUAACUAUAUUCUAUUAUAGAACAUACGGUGGAAAGCAGGGUCCCGUAAACAUUCCUCUUCUCAUAAUAGUUAUAGAAGACCAGAGUGACUACUGGUACGAGACCUCCGGAGGUGGGACUUGGCAAAAAUCUAAGGAUCCUACUAAUGGUGAUCUUAAAGUUUCCGGAUCUACUAGCCAUAUUGUCCAAAAACUGAGGGAUAAACUGGUGGGACUAAGCCUUAAGUCUGUCAACCCAGUAGUGCUGGACAUCUCCGAUGGCUCCAUCAACUGUUCCUUUGAGCAAGUCCAGGAAUAUAAUCUAGAGUGUUUCUUAAAACGCACUUAUGUAGCUAUCAAUGGAAGGUCGUUUGUCCUCAAUAGGGAACUUGAUGGUGGAGGUGAGAUUGUGGAAGGAUCAACAGGAGAUCGCAUACCUUCUGUACAGAGUCUCACUGUAUACUCUUGGGACGGUGAACCCAAGAAACCUAUCUUGCUCGUAAUUACAAAAAUUGGUGAUACUGCACCUACAUUUUAUGCAAUGAAUGAAAAUAACGGUACAAAUUGGGGUCCUAAAAAAGUAGAAGACAUGACUGAACUUGUACAUCUUCUGGAUCAUCAAAACUGUAGACUUAAUGAUGCUGUUCCAUUCGAAAUCACUGACCCGGUGGUGUUUUUACUUGAACAAAAGUCCGAAUGUCUAAAUAAGGAAAGAAAGAUAGAACUUGUCCAUCCCUCCAAAAAGCCUCCAGGUAGCAACUACACUGUUCAGGAAUACGAGGUUAAAGACGAUACAAGGAUCUCAAGAGUCACAUUUUAUGGAGCAUAUAUAAAAGAUAUUAGGUCCCAAAACGACUAUUCAGUCUAUAAGGUUAGACUAUUCUCACAUCCUGGGAUAAUGGUACCCAUCAUGGUCCAGUUCAUGAAGAAGGGUAAUGUAGAGUCUGAGUGGUUUUACAGUACGGAUCCAACUUCUUGGCAAAAACACACUACAAGUGUAACUGCAUUUUAUGAUAGUGAUACACCAACCCAAAACCUCUCCAAUCAUCUGGAUGAUCUAACUUGUAAAAAUCAUAGUGGAGUUACCAUUGACCUAUCAUACAAAAUAUAUAAAUCAGAAGAAAGGUACUGCUGUGAAUAUCAUCAAGGUAACCUAAAAAGGAUCUCCACUACUGACGUGACAGCUAGCUGUGGACACCAACUAAAACCCAUUACAUACCACAAAUAUACUAUCUCGGAUAAGCCUAAACUAGCUGGUAUAAGGUACGAGAAUGAUGGUAAAAGAAGUAAUAUAAAAUUACAUGGACAGAGAUACUCCAUUUACAGUGUAGAAAGUGUCUCUGUAUUCUACUGUGGUAAGAAUCCAGUGCUCAUCUACAUAAAAGACGGAGGCACAGACGGUAUCACUGGUUGGUACCAUAAGCCUAAUAGAGUUAAUACUAAUGGAGAUGAACAUUGGAGACAAGUCUUUCAUGAUCUCAAAAAUGUAACGCCAGAGAAGCUAGGUAAUACGACAGACUGCGCCAGCUAUAAUGAGCUCGUGAGUAUACUGAAACUGUUUGCUGGAUGUAACGAUUAUCAAGGAUGUGGUAAAUCUCCUAUCAGUGGUUAUAACUUUGCUCCUCUCCCCGGAGAAGAAGGUUACUAUAGUUAUGACUUCUUAUCUGGAAAUUCUGGAUCCGAUCAAGCUACUACAGAAGAUUCUAAAGGCUUACUAGAUAAGCUAAAGAUUUCCCCUGGGGUCGUCAAAACGGGUGCCUCAGCCGUUGGCACUGGAGGUGCAGCCUACACUGGCUGGGAAGUAGCUAAAGACAUCCUACUUAACAUAUCACGUAUGUUAUAG